AGACUGUUUCAAGGCUGUAAACCAAGGCUUGAUAUUGCAUAACAAACUAAGCUGAUAGUACUGCUAGAAUAAAAAUGGGAGUGGGGGUCCUGACAGAAGUCUUUGUUUUACUGGGUCGAACUUUAGGCAGCCGCUGUUGAAAUGCUGUGUUGCAAUUUAUCAUUUCUGUUGGUAAAGCCAGCCCAAAUACAACCAGAACAUGUGCAACGAAAACCUUUCUGUAAGAAGCAAAAGAAGAAAAGUGUUUGGACCCACCCCAGUGCUCUUCACAGAGGACAGCUACAGAGUGCUCCAGAGCUAAAUUUCAGCUUUCAGUGAGUGGAGUAGCAGACAGAUUAAGGAAAAAAGAGCUGACCUUGAGGAUAAAGAGAGCAUGAUGCAGAAAGAUUGUGAUGUGCUUGCAGAGCAACUGAAAGGAACGAUGCCUAAAGUGAGGACAGCCCAUGGAGAUCUCUACACUCUGAAGACCUAUAAGGACAAGAAGUAUUCUGUAAAAUCCCUGAGGAUUGCUGAGCUACAGCAAGAAAUAAAUAAACUAAAGGAGACACACAAGGAUGAAAAGGAAGACAUUGAAAUGCUGGCGCAGAGUGAAAGGGACAGGCUAGAGAAACUGAUCAAGAACGAAAGCGAUUGCAUUUUAUCAGGGAUUGCUGAGGGUAAAAUGAGUUAUGUUCUGGCUGGUAUUAAAGAGAUGGCGUUUCACAAUACCAUGAUGAAGAAAGAAAUUGAAAUUCACAAACGAGUGGCCAAAGAACUUGAAGAAAAAAUCCUCAACUGGAAGAAAAUGUUACGCACCUACUGCAGAACAGAAAAGACAUCAGGGUGGAAAUUUUCAAUAUACUGCCAAAAUCAAAGUAUGUUUACAAAAAAAAAAAAAAAAAAAAAAACUGUAUUUAAUUUUGGUCCAGGCAUGAAAAACUAAUUUCUCAAAUUGUAUAAAUAAUACAGUGAGUUACCUGUUUUGCAGGAGGUCUAUAUUUAAUCAGUUGUACUUGUCAUAACAAUUUUGAAAUAAUUUUAAAAAAGCAUUUUCUUAUUGGUUACCCACCACCGUUUUCCAUCUGGUUGUCAAACCCAUCUUGAAUACACCUGGAAGAGCCUUAUAAAACAACAGCAUACUGUACAGCAGGGAGACAAAGAGGGACAAAGUUCAAGUAUAUUUUCCUCUAGAGGAAUUAUCACUUUU